AACAAAUACACACUCAUAAUUAUUGUUUUACUCUUAAUUUGAUCGAUUUAAUUAGUGUGUUUUAAAUUUGGUCUGGUCAGGGAAGAAGCAGUGCAAUGGAAAUGAAAAUGAAAGUGUUGUUAAUGUUGUGUGUUGUGGUGAUCAUUAUUCAAAGUGAAGUGGUUCAUGCUGCUGUGUACAACGUUGGAGAUUCUGGUGGCUGGACUUUCAAGACUGUUGGUUGGCCUAAAGGCAAACGCUUUAGGGCUGGUGAUAUUCUUGCAUUCAACUAUCCGUCAGGCGCGCACAACGUGGUGGUGGUGAACAAAGCUGGAUAUGAUAAGUGCAGCACACCAAGAGGCGCAAAAGUGUACACCAAAGGGGGUGACAAAGUAAAGCUAGUGAAGGGACAGAACUAUUUCAUCUGCAAUUUUCCUGGUCAUUGUGAGUCUGGAAUGAAGAUUUCUGUCUUUGCCAUGUGAAACUAGCUAAUUAAUCCUACUGUUGCUACAAUAUUUAACUUAAAAAGUAUCUAAACUUUCUAUCAUUUCACUACGUUGGUGUACUAGUACUACUACCAUAUAUAAUAUGGCAAAUAAUGGAUUCAUAUGAA